GGCUUGUUUCUUUGUCGUACUUGACCUUUCAACCCGGAAGUAAGUUCUUGUUUUCUGUACCAUCGUCCUGUUACCUGUCUGAAAAUGUCUGGCACUUGGAUCUUAGCGUGCUUUGUAUGCCUUUCUCUAGCUGUCUCUGGACAAGUCAGCAACGACACCAGAGCAUUUCCUGUUGGUGGUACCGCUACUCUCCCCUGUACUGGAGUUCCCUAUGACGGAGCGACUAAACACUGGGAGAAAAAUCCAGUAAUUCCGAUCAAGUUCCUUGUGGUCAUUCAGACACCACUCGGGCAGUCAUCAUAUGGAGACCCGUUUUACGAUGAGACCAACAUCGAAGCAGCCGGUCUGACUGGCAGGUUCAGGGUUACUGAAGACUUGAUGACUGCAACCAUCACAGGAGUGAGGGCCACAGACGAUGGGGACUAUCGGUGUGCUUCUGGGCCUUCACAGAUCAUACAUAAGUUUGUUGCAUACAAGCUGGAUUCAGUGGGCAUACAGCCUUCCGGACCUGUCACAGGAUAUGUUGGAGGUACAUUUGACGUCACCUGUACAGCAUCAAGAGACAGCAAACCCACACCCAGCUUCAACUGGACAAAACAAGGGGACAGCAGUUUCACAGCAACAGGAGCCACCCUGCGGAUCAGCAGCCUCACUAUGAACCAUGCUGGCACAUACGUGUGUACAGCCUACCACGCGUAUGCCAGGGAUACUGCAAGUGUGCAGUUGACAGUCAGUGAAGGUCCGAAUGUUACUCCAGUCCCGCCAACAGACAUGAACUAUUGUUCCGGCGCUGUAGCUGGAGCUGCAGUUGGCUGUUUUUUCGGCGGGUUACUGGUAGGGGGCGCUGCAGUGUUCCUGUUUCUACGUUCCAGGACGGCAAAGAAUGGCGGGAAAAAAGACGUUGGUAACUUCGCUGACAGACAGUAUGAAAAUGUGCCACAUCCGAAUCAAAGGGUGACGUCACAACGACCCGGAAGCGGAAGUGACGAGUACGAGGUUCCCAUGGAAACCAUCCAGCCACCCCAGCCCAGUGACGACUAUCAAGAACUGAGGCCUGCUGUCUACCAGAGUCUGCAGAAACACUGAAUAGACAGAUUCCGACUGUCUCUAUCAGUUUUAUACGAUAAUUAUUCGUAAAAAAGGGUAAUUAUGGUUUCAAUAGGCUGAAUAUUGCAUCUAAAGCCUAAACGGCAGUUGUUUGUAGUUUGCUCAUAUACAUUCGGCUUAUAUAAAAUCUGUUAUAUUUCUGUAUACGUGGAUUUGUAUGUACAAUGUAGUUGAUUUGAAGUGGGGACUCUGACAAUUGAGUGUUGUAGAAUGUUGUAGAAUGGCACUUUGAAUAAAACAUGUUCUUUUGUAAUUCAA